CUUUACGGUAGUCCUCUGACAGCGGCUCCUGGUGUCAGCUGAUCCUCCUCUGCUAUCGGGCGAGGAAAACAGUGUUUGUUAGGUUGGUGAAACAUGGCUGCCGAGAUUCAUUCGAGGCCCCAGACCGCUAGACCAGUCCUUCUAAACAAGAUCGAGGGACACUCGGACGCGGUCAACACGGCCGUUUUAAUCCCGAAGGAAGAUGGAGUGAUUACGGUCAGCGAGGACAGGACGAUCAGAGUGUGGCUGAAAAGGGACAGCGGUCAGUACUGGCCAAGCAUCUACCACACGGUCUCCUCGCCGUGCUCUUGCAUGUCGUACCACCAUGACAGCAGACGUCUCUUCAUAGGUCAGGACAAUGGAGCCGUUGUGGAAUUUCUCAUCUCUGAAGAUUUCAACAAAAUGAACCACGUUAAAACAUACCCAGCCCACCAGAACCGUGUGUCAGAUAUGGUGUUUUCCCUGGAGAGUGAGUGGGUGGUGAGCACGGGCCAUGACAAGAGUGUCAGCUGGAUGUGCACCCAGAGCGGCAGCAUGUUGGGGAGACAUUACUUCACCUCCUGGGCCUCCUGCCUACAAUAUGAUCACGAGACGCAGCACGCCUUUGUCGGGGAUUUCUCCGGACAGAUAACUCUGCUGAAAUUGGAGAAGCAGACGUACUCCAUCAUCACGACACUGAAGGGCCACGAAGGUAGUAUUGGAGUGCUGUGGUGGGACCCUGCCCAGAGGCUGCUUUUUUCAGGGGCCUCAGACCACAGCAUCAUCAUGUGGGACAUCGGAGGCCGGAAAGGACGGACGCUGCUUCUACAGGGACAUCACGAGCGCGUUCAGGCGCUGCGUUAUCUCCAGUUUACCAGGCAGCUGCUGUCGUGCUCAGCCGAUGGAGGCAUCGCAGUGUGGAACAUGGACACACAGAGAGAGGAGGCACCUCAGUGGUUAGACAGUGACUCCUGUCAGAAGUGUGAGCAGCCUUUCUUCUGGAACAUCAAGCAGAUGUGGGACACUAAGACCUUGGGACUUAGACAGCACCACUGCAGGAAGUGCGGGAAGGCUGUGUGUGGGAAAUGCAGCUCUAAAUGCUCUACCUUCCCAAUCAUGGGCUUCGAGUUCCCGGUGCGGGUGUGUGACGCCUGCUUCGAUACCAUCAAAGAAGAAGACCGAACACCAUUGGCUACGUUUCAUGAGGGGAAACACAACAUCGCCCACAUGGACAUGGACCCAUCCAGAGGCCUGAUGGUCACUUGCGGAAGCGACCGCAUUGUUAAGAUCUGGGACAUGACACAGGUGGUUGGCAGUAGCUUAGCAACAGGCUUCUCCCCACGCUGAUUGGCCCAGCCCACUACACGGUACCCUCGUCUGGAUCCACCCUGCCCCCACUCUUUCAAUGUCAUGGAAACCCCUCUGUACAGCCCACUGCACCAUCACGCCUGGGGUCGGCGGCUACAGCCAGGCCUGCUCUUGGUGAAUGUGUGUCCAUCGCUCCACAUCUCUUCCUCUUCUUGUAACAGAUUUUGCUACCUGUCAGUCUGACAAAGACUCAAACUGAUUUAGACUUUUGCUCCGAUCUCAAGUUGAACCCUAAGCACAAUGAAGGGGGUGUGUGUGUGUGUGUGUGUGUGUGUGUAUAUGUAUGUGUGUGUGCAUGUAUGUUCUGGUUUCUCCGGGGGGAGGAAUGGUAUUGCUAAUAGUGUUUACACUUAGUAUAUCCGAUGCUUCUUUGAUAAAGGUCCUUUUCCUUUUUUUUUUUUUGUUAUGCUUACAUUGUAAAGUUAGUGUUCACUGUUGCUGACCUGCCAUAGCUGUAAAUUUGACCUUGCGUUGACUGCUAACUGCAUUAUCCCAGGCUAGUUUAAAGAAAUAUUCACCUGUAAAUGCUUCUGCUUUCUGUGUGUAGCUUAAAAUAAUGUUUUUCUGAUUUGUUUUUCACUAGCUGGCCUUAAGUCACUAUCUCAGGAGGUUUUCCAUGAGUAAGUUGUCACCAGUUGGGCUUGGAUGAUGUCAGUCGUAACGGUUUCUAAUGUUUAAUCUUAAAAAGGUUACUAAAAUGGCUUCCUGAUGGACUAAAUGAUGUCUACAAUGCACUUAUCAGAUGUUUACUAGGUAGCAGUAAAUUCACUCCCACCUCUUGACCCAGAAUAAGUCAUGGGAAGUUGUAAUGAGUUUCUAUGGUGACAAGCAAAGUCAGCAGCAGCGUUAUGUUGCAGUUCUGCAUUGAAGCUAGCAGGAUUCCCUUCAGUGAUGAUGAUUUUCAGUUUAGGAUGUUAAAGUGUAAAGCUUUCGCACAGGUGGAGGUAAAUUAGAAAAACAGCUCACACUAAAGUUAACUUGUGUCCCUGAGGUUCUGGACGGGCACUACAGAUGUAUUCCCAGUCGCUGAGAUUGUCCCUGGUUACGUCUGUGUUCCUUUAAAGGCCUUAAAAACAGACGUCCCACUCAAAGCCUUCUGAGCAGCUUGCCAUCUCUUACGACUGUUCAUUCCCGCCCAUUCGCUCGCCUCGUUACCUCUCAUACUUUGUCCUAGGUUUUCAGAAUCCCUCUGCAGUUGUUUUCUUCUCAGCCAUUUGUGCAUCAGAGAUGUCUCUCUUCGCACUGACUUGCACAAGUUGUACUUGUUGAAUCAGAUUUUUUUUUUUUCCAUUUGCAGCUUUGGUUGCAGGAGUGUAGCUUUCCUGUAAAUAGCAGCUGGAAUCAUCUAACCAUAGACUAAUGCUUGCCUUAUCAUAAAUGGAAAACUAUGAGCAUCGUCCUGUUGGAAUUCUUGAUUUCAGAGUGGAUUCACAUUCAAGCUUUUCCAUUAUUAGUGUAUGUUUAUAUUUGUAGUGAAAUAUAUGUGUAACCUUUUUUAAUUUAGUUUUCAUUGCCCACUGACAUCUUGGUUCCUGUGUAACGCGUUAAAGCUGGUUCCUUCCUCGUUUCCAAAGAGCAUCAUGCAGACAUGGAGGAAAGAUGAGCCAAAUCAUCAGGGCCUGUCAACUGUUCAAUGGGAACAUGGAUGGGAUGGAUUUGUUAAUAAAGUGACAGUAGAAACUUAAACAGGGAAUGCUUAGAUGUUUCAUGCUAAUAUAAUUGUUUGUUAGACUGUGUUUUUUACAUUUAUUUAAACAUUUGUAACAAACUAGCAGAUCUUAUGUGAUUAGAAAUGGAGGCAAGUUCUAGAGACUAUGAAUGCUCUAUAAAGCGAAUUGUUUUUCACCCUAUUGAUGGAUACUGGGAGUUCAGGGAUGAAACAUGUCUCACAGCUAACUAGAAUCUGCAUGAUGUACUUAUUAUUAUACCCACUGUUUGUAGUUCGUUGGCAUAAAAGUAUAAAAGUGGCAGGCACCAGGAGUAUAAAAUUAUAAAGGCUUUUUUCGUUUAACUAAAUAUUAAUUAGUGCAACUUGUACCUUAAAGCUAUAAAAUGACAUGUUGCUAUCUAACAAGUUUAAAAUGUUUGUGAAACAAGCCAAAUGUAAAGAUCAGGGUGUUUGAAGCAAGGUCUUGUUGAAAGGCUCUAGGGAAUAUCUUACCUCUUGGCAUCUUUAUUUAAUAUAAAUCUAAAUCGGAUGGUCCGAGUUGAAGCUAACAGCUAGUUUAAGAGGAACCAAGACCAAAUUAAAAUUCUAACAUCUUAAACUAUUCAGAUCUCAAAAACACCAUUAGGGUCACUGAAAAUGCCAUGUUCUGAACCUUUGAAGCUUCCUUAACCUUUGCUUUAGGUAGUUAUCUAUACCGAAACUGAUGAUCACAAAAAGGUACAUGGAGGUAGAAGGCGUUGAAUCACCGAUGAUCUUCCUGUGUGAAGACUCACUGACUGAUAGAAGAGUAAAAUUCUAGCUUUUCAUGCGACUUUAAUUUUAGAUCAGUUACGGUGACUGAAAACGCUGUACAUGUUCUGUUGUUAUUAUGUGUUUCACACAGGAAGCUUGUUGGUGGUGCACCGCUUCCUACCUCCAUUUCCUGUCUGAACAGUCAUUGGUUUCAAUACAAAUAUUCUCAUAAUAUCUUAUGGGUUCAUAGAAUUGAAUUUACAUAAACUUACAUUUUUGAGAUUGGGGUUGUUUUAAGAUGGUAGAAGUCCACUAUGGUCUGGGCUCCUUUCAGACUAGCCGUUGGCUUUAACUUCUAAGAGCAACUAAUCUGGAUUUAAUACUAAAUGAUCGUCAGAUAGUUGUUCACUGCAGGUAAGAUAAUAGUUCUUUAUAAUCUAGUUAUUUAUAACCUUUCGACAAGACCUAAUUUUAAAGUCCUUAAGCAUCCUUUCAAAGGAAACUUCUGACCCUGAACCUGCUGAAAGAGCAUAGAUGUUUCAUCUGUCUGCUACAUCAUGUGGAAAGACAACGGCAUCAAGUUCAUGAGAGCUUUUCAUAAAGACAGCUGUUUAAAAUGGUAAACUUGUGGCUGUGAAGUUAAAAGAAUGAACUUGAAAUGACCCAUCUUCAUUUAGAACAUCUGCAGUUUAGUCCCACAUUAGUCACAUUUUAUCCAUUAAAAAUCGUUACAUUGACAGAGGCAGACUUAAAAUGCAGCUUCAUAUUUUAAAGAGUUUUGAUGUAUCCGAGCUCUUCUCACACAUGCAAAGAAUCUUUACUCAGAAGUCCUCCUGAAGCCUCAAAAGCUCUUCAUAGAGCAAAAUCAGGGCUCUGCAGGAUCAUUGCAAAGCUAUUGUACAAUCAGGAGUCUGAAAAGCCUCUUUCUGUCAUUACUUCUUAUCGGGUCCUUGGAAGCAGUUGGGCAGAUGUUCGGGGUGUUAAAGGAAUGAUAGACGGUGGGAUUUGCUGUUUGCGGAAAUGGCUCACCGAGUGGAUCUUCCUGCGAGUCUCCGGAAGGAAACAGCAGAUUUAGUUAUCAGUGGUUUAUGUCCUCUUAUGUCACUUGACGGAGCAUUCACCUCACUCAUCUCUGGUUCGUGCUAACCCCCCCCAAACCUCACGGCUCAUAGUAUCAAACAUAAUAUUCUUUUGAAACCGCUCGUAAAAGAUACCAUUCCAACAGGGUUGUUGUUAAUGUACAUCUGCAAAUAACUGUAUUUUUAAAUGAUUUUGUUGAUCAUUCAGAACUGACUUAGGUUUCCUUGUGCCCUGAAACCAGAGCACAGAGAGGAUAGACCCCACCUAAUAAAGAUAUUUGAUAUGUUUGA